GUGUGGCAGUAGCUUCCAGCGUAUUCACCAUCACAGCCAUGUCGGUAGACCGAUACUUGGCUAUCACACAGUCUCUGAGGCAACCCUGGAUGCCAUCCAGACGAGGAGCCUGCAGCCUCCUCGCUGCACUGUGGCUAGUGGCUCUGAUGAUAUUCGCGCCACUACUGGGGGUGGCAGCGGUGGAGAGGGAGAUGGUACCGUUGCUGUCCAGAACUAGAAAUGGAUCGGGCGUCUGGGCAGAGGGUACAAUUGAGUUUUGUACUGAAAAAUGGCCGGAUUCCAUCAGGAAAGAGCUAUUUGGCACGUUUAGUUUUAUUCUCGUGUACGCUGUACCAGGUUGUAUAGUAGUGGUUUCGUACUCAUUAAUGGGCAGACGGCUUUGUUCUGUACUGCCUCCCUUCGACCAAACUGAAGGCAGUGUCAACAGUCAACAGCGAUUACGACUAGUCCGCGAGAGGAAGCGAGUAGCGUGGAUUCUUCUGCUGCUCGCUGUCCUCUUCGCGCUGUGCUGGUUGCCAUACAACAUCCUGCAGCUGCUGAUCGAUGUGAAUGCUGUGGAGGUGGAAUCUGUGUCUUCAGUGUUGCCAUAUACAUUACUCCUUGGGCACGCGAACUCAGCGAUCAAUCCUAUAGUGUACUGCCUGAUGACACGCAACUUCCGGCGGUCAUUACGCAAGCUGAUCUGCCACGACACCGGUAACAUACACUCUAGUACUCACUUCCAUAUGCAAGGUUUACGUCAAAAAUCCAACAUGUCUAGUAUGAGGACGUGUACAACAGUGACGUUUAGGAGCAGCAAUAACCAGCUCGGCAGGACCACGUGUGCACCAAGCAUCCAGUACGGCAGAGUCCAGAGGAACUCCGUACGGGAGAACAGCUGGAAAGAUCGGCAUACGAUGACUCCUCAGUUCUUGUAA